GCAUCAAAUAUUAUCAUCAUUGUUAUUACUGCCAAUGAGUUUUACAUUUUGAUGUGCAGAGGUUAUUUUAUUAUUAUUUCCAAAACUUUUAGAGACGCUCCUGACCCCGUUUCCUUUCUCCUCUCAAAAAAAAAAAAAAAAAAAGUUUCACCCUGGGGAUUUGUUGGAAGCACGCACGCACGCACGCACACACGCCAUAUCUCGAGUGCGCACGGCAGCUUUAUCCCACUGAAGUUUCUAGUCAGAGCGGAGCAUGCUCAUCCGGAGAGGUUGUCGCUGCUCGCUGUCUUUGUUUUUGUGUCCCUGACUCUUCUCCACGCACGUCUGGGAAGGGGAACAUAACAAAAAACGGGACUGUUUGUUCGUGUACGGUGGGGAUUCGGCGCAUGCAUCCUCUCCACUCACCUGCAUACUUUACGCGCGCCGCUAUCUCCAAGUCUCUUUACAAAAAAAAAAAAGACAACAACUCAAACACGAUUAUCUGGAAGUUGGCGCUGCCACGCCUCACCUCUGACGGACACGCUGGGAGACUCUGAUGUGUCAGACCGUCUACUCGCUCUGGUCCAAUAAACUGGCUGCUGGUGAGGAGGAGCGCCCCGACCGCGCGACGGAGCUCUGCGCGUUCACGUGGAACCUAUAAACGAUCGUGGCGCGCAGAGCCGCGAGUCGUCGUGGAGAGAGAGAGAGAGAGAGAGAGAGAGAGAGCGAGAGAUAGAGAGAGAGAGAGAGAAGAGGAUAAUCGCGGAAGAGCUAGGAUUGCAUCCUAGGGACAGGGAUACGACAGCGGACGCUCAGGAUGUCCUCAGCACAAACUUUUUCCCACCCUCUCCCCCUCUCUCUCUCGUGAAACACAGAUGUCCGACUCAAGUGUUCAGGCUGAUGUGUGAGCAAGAUGCAGCUGAACGAGACUGGAGUUCAGACCCUGGCUCCUGAGCCAUGUGAGCAGCAACUGCAACAGGAGGACAGCGCUGGGAACUGCAGCGGGGGCUCCACCGGCAACCUGUCGCUGCACUGCUGGCUGCAGCUCCUCACUAAGGAAUCUAUCAUGGAAUUCCAGGCAGACAGCUCCAGCCUGGUGGUGCGCGUGAUGAUCGCGUGUGUCUACUCUAUAGUCUGCGCGCUCGGGCUGGUGGGAAACGCGCUGGCUCUGUAUCUGCUGCACUCGCGCUACAGGCAGAAGCAGUCCUCCAUCAACUGCUUCGUGAUGGGACUGGCCAUCACUGACCUCCAGUUUGUUCUGACCCUGCCCUUCUGGGCCGUGGACACGGCCCUGGACUUCCGCUGGCCGUUUGGCCGCGUCAUGUGCAAAAUCAUCAGCUCUGUCACCACCAUGAACAUGUACGCCAGCGUGUUCUUCCUCACGGCGAUGAGCGUGGCGCGCUAUUACUCCAUCUCCUCGGCGCUGAAGAUGCACAGCCGGCGGGCAGCGGCCAAGAGGGCCAAGUGGACGAGCCUGGGCAUCUGGGCUGUCUCUCUGCUGGCCACGCUGCCUCACGCCAUCUACUCCACCAGCGCCCAGGUGUCAGAUGAGGAGCUCUGCCUAGUGCGUUUCCCAGACUCAGGCAGCUGGGAUCCACAGCUGCUUUUGGGUCUAUACCAGCUGCAGAAGGUCCUGCUGGGUUUCCUCAUUCCUCUGAUCAUAAUCACUGUCUGCUACCUGCUGCUGCUGCGUCUAAUCCUCAGUCGGCGUAUCACAGGUGCAGCGGGCCCCGAGGUGGAGCAGGGCCGGCAAAAUCGCCGCUCCAGAGUGACCAAAUCGAUUGUCAUUGUGGUUCUGUCGUUCUUUCUCUGCUGGCUCCCCAAUCAGGCGCUCACACUGUGGGGGGUGCUGAUAAAGUUUGACCUCGUGCCCUUCAGCAAGGCCUUCUACAAUGUGCAGGCCUACGCCUUCCCCCUGACCGUGUGUCUGGCACACACCAACAGCUGCCUCAACCCCGUGCUCUACUGCCUGAUUCGCCGAGAGUUUCGGGCCGGCCUCAAAGAGCUCCUCCUCCACGCCACGCCCUCCUUCAGGAGCCUGACCCACCUGCUGCGGCGCAAGACCAAAGUGGCGGAGGCGCCGCCGGUUCUAGUGCUGGUCCAAAUGGAUGUGUGACUGUGACAGAGGGAUGAAAAGGGGUGAAGAAAAGAGAACUUGUCUUUGGUACUUUUUGAUCUGGAGCUGUUGACCGCGAUGGUGCAUUGAUCUGAGCCCUGUCAGCACAGAAUACGAAGCACCUUUUUGUCUUUCGGAAACAUCAUAAUCACAACGGACUGCUCAGUGGGAUGUGCCCCACUUUCACUGCAUGCUCCCAGAUUGACUCCACCGCAAAUUGUUAUACAAUGACUCUCUUUCACUUUUUCUCUGCACCGCUCUCUCUCUCUCUCUCUUUCUCUCUCUCUCUCUCUCCCUCCCUCUCUCUCUUUGUGUCUCUCUCUCUCUCUCUCUCUCCCUCUCUCUCUGUCUCUGUCUCUCUCUGUGCUUCUGACAGGCAGUAGGAGUGCUGCUCAUCCAGUAAUUUGUCAUAAAUAUGUAUAGCUGUCAAUCAUAAAUUCAAAUAGCCGCACUCAGAGGCUUUUGAAAGUUUGCAAAAAAAAAAAAAAAAAAAAAA